CAGAAAUAAGCAAUUAAGGAAGUUCUUGUCAUCUUUUGCCUGGCAUGUUUUAAAACUAGAGAAAUGCUCACCCCUCUAAAUAGUUGAACUGUUUAACUGCUAUAGGAGCUUAAAAAGAGAGGAUCUUUCUCAUUUUUUUUCUCCUCCUUGAACACUGUGAAAUUUAUGGUAAAAUGAUAGAAAAAGAAGAAAGACUAAGUGAAUCUGGUAACUAAAGAAAGAGCUGGAAAAAAGAAAACUAGAGGGCAAGAGGUGAUAAGACAGGUCACCUCUUAUCAGACAGGAGACAAGUUGAUGGAGAAAAAGAUCUGCUAUGAGGGAAAAUUCUGUCUCCAGCCCUGCAGGAAGAAUUGGAAAAUCAGAAAAGAGUGAAAAGGGAGCUAAACUGACUUAAUCCUCAGCCCAGGUGAAACUGGAAAGACAGUUUAACAUGUUCUUCAGAAUGAUAGGCACUAUCACGAAGAGAUGAAGUCAGGGAUUCAGGCUCAGAGAGACAAAUACUCAUCCAGGAUCCCAAGAGUGAGCAAGGGUGGAAUAUGGACUCCAGGCAAGGCUGCCUAAUUUCAAAGUCCAUGAUAUUCUAAUAGAAAGGGAGAUCUAGUGCUUCGAUCAGAUGCAGACAGAGGUCAUCUUUGCCCAUUUCACUAUUCCAUAGUUGUGAUUUUUCCUUGCCAUUUCUUUUGUCUUCCAGUCAAAGGUAUGCAGGCAGGAUGAGUGCAAACACCUCCAUGGUGACUGAGUUUCUUCUUCUCGGCUUCUCCCACCUGGCCGACCUCCAGGGCUUGCUCUUCUCUGUCUUUCUCACUAUCUACCUGCUGACCGUGGCAGGCAAUUUCCUCAUUGUGGUGCUGGUCUCCACUGAUGCUGCCCUCCAGUCCCGUAUGUACUUCUUCCUGCACAUCCUCUCCGCCUUGGAGAUUGGCUACACGUCUGUCACGGUCCCCCUGCUACUUCACCACCUCCUCACUGGCCGGCGCCACAUCUCUCGCUCUGGAUGUGCUCUCCAGAUGUUCUUCUUCCUCUUCUUUGGCGCCACGGAGUGCUGCCUCCUGGCAGCCAUGGCCUAUGACCGCUAUGCAGCCAUCUGUGAACCCCUCCGCUACCCAUUGCUGCUGAGCCACCGGGUGUGUCUACAGCUAGCUGGGUCGGCAUGGGCCUGUGGGGUGCUGGUGGGGCUGGGCCACACCUCUUUCAUCUUCUCUUUGCCCUUCUGCGGCCCCAAUGCCAUCCUGCAGUUCUUCUGUGAGAUCCAGCCUGUCCUGCAGCUGGUAUGUGGAGACACCUCGCUUAAUGAACUGCAGAUUAUCCUGGCCGCAGCCCUCCUCAUCCUCUGCCCCUUUGGCCUCAUCCUGGGAUCCUACGGGCGUAUCCUCGUUACCAUCUUCCGGAUCCCAUCUGUUGCGGGCCGCCGCAAGGCCUUCUCCACCUGCUCCUCCCACCUGGUCGUGGUCUCCCUCUUCUACGGCACCGCCAUCUUUAUCUAUAUUCGCCCUAAAGCCAGCUACGAUCCGGCCACUGACCCUCUGGUGUCCCUCUUCUAUGCUGUGGUCACCCCCAUCCUCAACCCCAUCAUCUACAGCCUGCGGAACACAGAGGUCAAAGCUGCCCUAAAGAGAACCAUCCGGAAAACGGUGCCUAUGGAGAUUUGAAAAGGGGGCGAUAGUGACUUCUG